AAACAAAUCUUUUUAACAACCAGCUACAACGAACUACACCAAAUACAAAUUUAAUUAAAUAAUUAUCAUUUUCUCAGUUGAAAUCAAGAACCAUGAAAGAAGACCACCAACAAUCUUUCAAUCACCAGUAUCACAAUAACAAGAAAUCAAAAUUUAAGAUUUUCUAUCCAGCUGCGUACGUUAUCCUCCUGCUCUUAUCCUACGCACUCGGUUACUUCUCCGCCCCAUCCCCCCGCUUCCCACCGCCUCCGGCGGCCAACGCAAUCACCCAAUUCUCCAACACUCAGCUCGACAAUUUCCGAGUCACUACUCACUGCGCAGACUCGCUCCCGUCAAAACUCGUCCGUCAAACGGUUCUUAACCGAAUUUAUAACUCCACGUCACCAUAUCUCAAUUUCCCGCCUCCACGUGUCAGCUCAUUCCUUCACAGUAAAAGACUCAAAGGCUGGGGGUCAUACGGCGACGUUUUUAGUAACCUUAUCCAAAAAGUGAAGCCUAAAGUGAUUAUUGAGGUGGGCACUUUUUUAGGCGCCUCGUCUUUACACAUGGCCGAGUUGACUCGGAGACUCGGUCUCGAGACUCAGAUUCUUUGUAUUGAUGAUUUUCGCGGGUGGCCUGGGUUUCUUGACAAAUUCAAGUAUGUCAACACAGUAAACGGCGACGUUUUAUUAUUGUAUCAGUUUAUGCAAAAUGUUAUUUACAUGAAUGCCACUGAGUCGGUUUUGCCCGUUCCAUUUUCUAGCGGGUCGGCUUUGGAUAAAAUGUGUGAGUGGGGUAUAGUUGGUGAUCUGAUUGAGAUAGAUGCGGGUCAUGAUUUUAAUUCGGCUUGGGCGGAUAUCAACCGGGCGUACCGAAUAUUGCGACCCGGUGGGGUAAUUUUUGGGCAUGAUUAUUUUACUGCGGCUGAUAACAGAGGGGUAAGAAGAGCAGUAAAUUUGUUUGCUCAGAUGAAUGGGCUUAAAAUCCAAACGGAUGGGCAGCAUUGGGUAAUCGAUUCGGCUCAAAUUCGUUCGGGUUAGUGUUUAUUACUAUUUACUGCUGUUAAUUUAGUAAAUUUUUACUUUGUACAUCGAGUGAAUUUGUAUCUUAAACUUCCUUUGUGAAAUUUUGGUUUUGGUCAAUCAAGAUUUUCAAUAUUGUAAACUUAA